CAUCUUCUUCAACUUCACACUCAAAUCCCCAAAAAAAAAAUUACAGACAAAUGGAUCGAAUCAAAGGUCCAUGGAGUCCCGAAGAAGAUGAGAUGCUUCAGCAACUCGUGGAGAAACAUGGUCCUAGAAACUGGUCUCUCGUCAGCAAAACAAUCCCUGGUAGAUCCGGGAAAUCCUGCCGCUUACGGUGGUGCAACCAGCUUUCACCGCAGGUAGAGCACCGGGCGUUUACGCCGGAGGAAGAUGAGACGAUUCUUAGAGCUCAUGCGAGGUUUGGUAACAAAUGGGCUACGAUUGCCCGGUUGUUAUCGGGUCGGACUGAUAACGCCAUUAAAAACCACUGGAACUCCACCUUGAAGAGGAAGUGUUCUUCCAUGACGAAUGAAGAAUUUAACGAGUUUUCGAUUCAGCAACCGUCGUUGAAACGAUCUGUUUCCGCCGGGUCUGGGGUUCCGGUGUCGGGUUUUUGCUUCAAUCCGAGUAGUCCGUCGGGAUCUGACGUCAGUGAUUCGAGCGUCCAUGUCUACCGGCCGGUGGCUAGACCCGCUGCACCGGUUAACGAUCCGCCGACGUCGUUGAGUCUAUCCCUUCCUGGAGCUGAAUCAUUUGAAGCGUCGUCGGUGUCGGCGACGCCGACGGUGACACAUCCUCCGCCGGUUCCAAAACCUGCUCCGAUGGCGAUUUCGGCUGCGAUGCAGCAACUUCAGGUAUCCCGACCACCGAUUGAGCAGCCGGAGAAGGUGGUUCCGCCGUUUAGCGCGGAGUUUUUAUCGGUGAUGCAGGAGAUGGUUAGAAUGGAGGUGAGGAAUUACAUCACCGGAGUAGAACUUCAACAAGCCAGUAAUGGCGGUGGCUGAUUAGGUUAAUCGAUUACUUAUUUCUACAUAAAUUAAAUUUGUUGAUGGGUGUUGAUCACCGGAAGAUGAUGAUGAUGAUGAUGAUGAUGAUGAUCGGAGAACGUUCAGACACCAUGGAAAAUGUGAAUCAAAUCAUCGAUCAUGUCUCUGUUAAUUCCAUAAUCAUGGAUUAUCCUCCCACAACGAAAACGUUGAAAUAAAUUUGUACAGGGAACGGAUUAGAUUUAUUUAAAAAUCAUUUAAUUGAGAAAAAAAAAAAUAUGUUGAAGAUUUAUCAUUUA